AUGAAGUCAUCCACAAGAAGCAUCAGGAGAAUUGUGAAAAUUCGUAUUUUCGGAAUGAUGACUCUUCUUGUCAUUCUUGUGUUGGUCAUGACCUUACGAGAAGAAUCUGUGGUUCGGGCACUUCAUGAAAAAGAAUCUUCUUCAUUUUCUUUUCAUUUAUUACAUACCGAUGAUUUACAUUCACAUAUUGAAGGAAAUGGACCUGAUUCGAGUUUGACUGAUGGAAGUGUUGAGAAUGGAAAUAAUCAAGUGAUUGGACAUUAUGCUCGAUUGUUGACAUUGAUUAAAAAGAUGAAAAGAACUUUUUCAAAUGUUUUACUGUUAGAUGGUGGUGAUUGGUUGAUGGGAACCAUGUUUCACACAUUAUCCAUGUCGAGCAUAUUUCCAGAAUUAGCUCCUCCUGAAUUGGAAUUUUUUAGAAUUGCCGAAUAUGAUGCAAUCAUUAUGGGCAAUCACGAAUUUGACGUUUUUCAAGAGGGUGUUCUAUCAAUCAUUCGCCGAAUGAACUCUCAAAUGGAGUCACAAUCCUAUGCAUUACCUAUUAUCUCAUCCAAUCUCAUUACAAAUUUGAAAGAGUUACAGAGCUCGAGUGGAAAGUAUAAUUUUGAAGAAUGUGAACAAUUUUGGAAAGAUUUCAUUCGAGAUCCCUAUCAUAUUCAUCCUCUAAGGAAUGGUACCAAUCACCAUCGAGGAACAUUUUUCACACCCUACGUUACGAAAACAUUUAAAUCUUCUGAGAAUGGACCUGAAUUGACUGUUGGAGUUAUUGGAACCAUGGGUCCAGCUGCUGCCAUGACAGCCAUGACUGGUCGACAACCUUGUUUCCACUAUUAUGGAUUUAAUGAGACCACCAAGAAGGUCGACAUUGAUUUGUAUGCGACACAAAUUUAUAAUCUUGCUCUUGAUUUGAAAGCUGGAAGAAAUGGAUCUCCAAAAUGUCAGGUGGUUGUGGUAUUGUCACACUCUGGUGAGCCAGAGGACAAGGAAGUCGCAGAACUCAUUGUGAAGAAACACAAAUCAGAAUAUUCAAAGAAAGGAAAUGAAUGGCUUCCUCGAGUUGCGGUGGAUGUACACAUUUCGUCACAUUCUCAUAAUAUUUACUUUGAAAAGCUUUCAUUUACGAGCAGACAGAAAGGUGACAAACAUGACAUUCAACAUCAUGUGUACAUUCAUCAAGCGGGUCCAUAUGCAUCUAAUUUGGGAGUUUUACAAUUUGAUUAUCAUUUCGAAACGCAACAAUUAAUUUUGAAGAAUGAGAAAAUUAAGGUUCCCAAGUCAACUAUAAUUUCUGACAGUGUCACAAGAGAGGACUAUGAAAGAGAUCACUUGGGAGAUGUCAAUAAUCCAAUUUCUCUCUUUCAUACCACAGGAAUUUGUUUUGAUUGCAUUGAUAAUGAAAAUGUGUUGCUUCCAAUUCGAAUUCCAAUCACCAAUGAAAUUCCGAUGGAUCAAGGAUAUUUGGAAAUUUUACAAAAUUACAAACAUCUCAUUAACAAGUACAUUCUUGGAUCAGAGUUUCCAUUUACAUAUGAAUCAUUGAUUGGAAGUAUUGACAUUUCUAAAAUUACUGAAAAGACACAAUUUGGAGAUAUUGCAGCUGAUUGCAUUGUUCAAGAAAUGCGUCACAAUCAACAAAAGAUCAAGCAUGUCAUUUCAUACUUGAAAAAGCAUGUGAAAAAUUACAAUCCAGAUUGGACUCUCUCUCAAUUGUUGACGCAUUCCUCUCAACAUUUUCCUAAAUUAGUGGUGGACAAUUAUCACUAUCGAUUCAAUCACUGGCGUCUCAGGGAUAUUGAAAAUGUUGCAAAUAAUCGAUUCGAUGUUUAUUUAAUUCCAACCGAUGGUUUUCGAACUCAUAUUGUUUCACUCAAACAUUGGAACGAAUCUCUCAUUCCAUUACAAUUUUCUGACAUUUACAACAUGCUUCCUCUCGGAAGAUUGAAACACAACAUUCGUGAAGGAGUAUUACCAGGUGAAUCCAUUGAAGUAUUUUAUUUACCAUUUCGAAGUGCAAAACGAUUAUUGAUCUAUUCUCAUGUGAUUGGACAAGUCAUGGGAUUUCAUUUCCUCUCCAUGUGUCGAAGUACGAAUUUAUCUUACAAGACACGUUGGUAUGGAAUUCCAUUAUUAGUGGAAGACAAAAUCGAUGCAAAAGACGAACGAGAACUUUCAUGGUUUUGGCGACUCUUUCGAAAAGUGAAAAAUUCACUCGCUCGAUAUUAUGAUUUUCAAGUGGAUGGUUUUCCAGAAAAUGAAUUCCGAGAUCUAUAUUUUGCACACUCGUCGUCUUCUCUCGUGGUUGACGAUGCCUUAUUGGGAAUGAUGAUUCCUGGUUGGAUGGUUAAUUUCAUUUCAAAAACAGCAACUUUUACAGGUGGAUUUUUAUCGUUGGAGAUGUGUGAUCGAUAUGGAAGAGUUCUCGUCAUUCCACAAACGAAUACUGGAGUGCCUGAUGUGAAUGUGAAAGUAAAUGACAAGAUGGAGAGUAAGACCUUGUAUCAGACCUCGGUGAGUGCGACACCAUUUUUGGAUUAUCAACUGGUGGCAGAGUGUUUGGCCAAAUUGCGAAAUGGAAAACAUUAA